AUGAAAGAGCCCGGUGAUCAGAACCAAGGGACGUUUUCAAGUAUAACAACAGCCACCUUUAUUCCACUCACCUAUGGUACCACGCUUGAUGACCUCCGAUACUCGAAGGAGCUUUGGGAGAAGAGCUCCCUGAAUCCAGAUAAUCCCAAGGACUCGAGACCUCCUGCCACACCUGACCGACAAUAUCUCUUUGAGCACAUCCAAGAGCGGCAGGACAGUGUGCUGCAAGGAAUGGAAUGGUUUACACAGAAGAUAAUUGUCGAUAACUACCUUGGGCAAUACAAGGGUGAGCUUGGAAAGAUGCCAUCCUCAUUUACAUUGGACGUACCAGAGAAGACGGUGCAGUACCCUGCUCGAGCAAUGCACCUGAAGGCAUCAGUGAACGACGAUAAUAUUGCGAUAGUGAAGAGCCUUGAACGGCAGGCUGGAACAAGCCCAGAAUGGUACCAUUCCUUCGUCCGGCUGUGUCAUGGUGACCUGGGUACGCAAGAAAGGCACGAUGCGACAACAGAGUCGUGUGCGAUUGAAUCCACACCACAGGAACGACUCCAGUUCCUUGUGACUAUACCUGGUGGCUUCCAUAUUUGUAUGGCCUGUGUAGAUGCCAUCUGGCGAGUUCACAUUCAGCCGAAGGCACUACGUGAAGUCAGGGGUGGCAUCUUUGAUCAGUUCAAGAUCCUCCGGCCGAAAGACUCAUCGAAACUUGCAAGUAACCCAACUUACCGCAUGCUGAAUGAUGGAAUCCUACACCUCACAAGUUCACACUUGCUGGUUUGUUGGGAACAAGCUACUGGUUUCUCCGACUUGAAGGAAUUCGCCGAUAGUGAUCCAUCAUGGUCGGAAAUUGUUGCUCUUUCAAAGAAGAUC